AUGGGGAAACUGGACCGGGCAGGGCGUUUGGGCCAGUGGCUUGGGCUGGGUGAAAUUCCUCACAUUCUUGGAAACCUUACCCGUUUGCAGAUUCUUGACCUUAGCCUGAACUCCCGUCUAGUAGUGAAGAACCUUGAGUGGCUUCCUCAUCUUGCUUUUUUACGCAACCUUGACCUUUCUUUGGUUCAUAUUGAAACAGUCAAUUGGUUACAACAAAUAAUUAAGUCCCCUUCUUUAGAACACUUGAAUUUGGAACACUGCAACGUCCCCGAGCCAAUCAUAUCAACAUCUCAUCUCUCAUCCAAUGUCUCUUCCCGUUUACUUUCCAGCCUCAACCUUGCUGAUACUGGGCUUUCCUCUUCUGCAUUUCGGUGGUUGUUCAACUUGAGUACGAGAUUUACUUCGAUAGAUCUCUCUUCUAACCAUUUAGCAGGUCGCAUCCCUGAAGCCUUUGGGUAUAUGCAACAUCUUGAGUUCAUUGACCUUGCUACAAAUAUUCUAGAAGAAAAAUCACUUGAAGAAUUGCAUUUAUCUAACAAUCAUCUUUGUGGUUCAUUGCCUGACAUCACCAGAUUUUCAUCCUUAAAAAGUUUGUACCUGCGAGAGAAUCAACUGUAUGGAUCUUUCGUAGAAAGCUAUGGGCAGACUUCAAAGAUCGAAUUCCUUGAUUUAUCUUUGAAUCAAAUAACAGGACCUUUUCCAAACUUAACAGCAUUUUCAGCAUUAAGAGAGUUGCAUUUGAACAAUAACCAAUUCAAAGGGAGGUUACCCCAAAGUAUAGGACGACUUUCAAAGCUUGAGAUGUUGAGGGUCGAAUCAAAUUUCAUGGAAGGUCCAAUCACAGAGUCACAUCUUUCAAACCUUUCCAGCUUAAGAGUGUUGGACUUGUCAUAUAACUCCGUCUCUUUUCAGUUGGGACUUAAUUGGCUUCCACCUUUUGAAUUAGAUGUUAUAAGUCUCUCCCAUUGUAAAAUAGGGACUCAUUUCCCACAGUGGCUACGAACUCAGAAGAAUUACUCACAUCUUGAUAUCUCUUUCGCUGGUAUAUCAGGAGUAGCACCUAACUGGUUUUGGGAUCUUUCUCCUGAAAUGAUGCACUUUAGUAUUUCCAAUAACCAAAUAAGUGGAGAGGUCCCUGAUUUAUCUUCCAAGUUUGUAAAGGAAACUAAUUACCCAACGAUGGAUUUUAGUUCGAAUAAUUUCUCAGGUUUAGUGCCAUCAUUCUCUUCCAACUUGGAAUCAUUGAACCUUUCCAAAAACAAGUUUGUCGGAUCAAUUUCUUUCCUGUGCAAAAUAGCCAACGCUUUGUUCCGCACCAUUGACCUCUCAAACAACCUACUUUCAGGAGAACUUCACAAUUGUUUGAUGGGUUUUGAAGAACUAGCCAUUCUUAAUUUAGCUAACAACAAUCUAUAUGGUAAAAUUCCCAACUCCAUUGGUUCUUUGUUGGAAAUCCAAUCUCUACAGUUGCGGAACAACAAUUUUACUGGUGAUCUGCCUACCUCUUUGAAGAACUGCGGAAUAUUGCAAAUCUUGGACGUAGGAGGAAAUAAGCUAAGUGGAGAAAUACCAUUAUGGAUUGGCUCACACUUAACAUUCUUGGUUGUCUUAAGUUUGAGACUCAACAAGUUCAAUGGAAGCAUACCUCAAAAUUUGUGUCAUCUGAAUAAAAUCCAUAUUUUGGAUCUUUCUCAGAACAGCUUAUCAGGAGAAAUCCCACUUCAAUGGAAAAGCAGUGAAUCGGUGUACAAUAAGACUCUCGGGUUGUUGAAGAUCAUCGAUUUUUCUAAAAACAAGUUAGCUAGAAAAGUUCCUGAAGAAAUCGCGCAACUGGAUGAAGUGCUUUCACUAAACCUCUCGAGAAAUAAUAUAACAGUAAAUGUAAUAGAAGGAAUUGGGAAGAUGGAAAAGUUAGAGUCCCUUGAUUUGUCUAAGAAUCAGCUCACUGGUCGAAUUUCUACAAGUCUUGCUCAACUACAUUUCCUAAGUGUCUUAGACUUGUCGAGUAACAACUUGUCGGGGAAAAUUCCUUCAAGCACUCAAUUGCAGAGUUUUGAUCCUUCAGCAUAUGAAGGAAACAAUGAACUUUGUGGCCCACCACUUGUAGAAUGUCCUGAAGAUAGAGAUACUCGAAGCCCUGGUGUUGAUCAUAGCAAAAUCAACAAUCUUGAUGAAGAUGACAAGAUUCUGUCAUCUGGGUUUUAUAUGUGUGUGGCAAGUGGCUUCAGUCUUGGAUUUUGGGGAGUAAUAUUCACUAUAAUCCUCAACCAAUCAUUUAGAGAUGCUUACUUUCAGAAGUUGACAAAUUUUGCAAUUUGGAUCUCUGCAACAAUAGUAAUGCUUCUCCGCAGAUUGAAGGUGCUCUGGAGUUGGCGAACAUCUACGUUGCACUGA